CUCGACUCUAGUUAGUUAUCCCUCCCUCCAAAAAAGAAAGCCAUGGCCCUUUCGACUCUCCCCAUUUUUUCUUCACCAUUUCUCUUCCCUCUCAAGACCCCGAAACCCUUUAAACCCCAAAAACCUCUGACGAUAACUUGCAGUUCACAAGAACCGAAAAGACCCUCCAAGGCCCCACAAAGACCCACUCCCAGAAACAGGAAAAGAAGGCCAUACGGGACUUCUAGGAGGUCAAUUCUCAAGAAAACAUUCACCCAAGAGCAGGUCAAGUUCACUGCGAGUGUCUCUGAUGACCCUCACGUGGGGAUUAUUGGUGGAGGAAUGGCUGGUCUGGUUUGUGCUUUGAGCUUGGAGAAGAGAGGUGUUAGGUCCACUGUUUUUGACACGGGUAUGCAUGGAUUGGGAGGAAGAAUAGGAACAAGGGUCAUUGAUCCCCAACAACUUAUAUUUGAUCAUGCUGCUCAGUUCUUUACUGUGAGUGAUUCUCGGUUUGCUGAGCUAGUUGAUUAUUGGUUGAAGAGAGGUUUGGUUCAACAGUGGCAAGGUUUAGUUGGUGCAAUUAAAUUGGGUGGUCAUUUUGUUCCUCUUCCUCCAUCACCACCAAGGUUUAUAGGUAUUAAGGGAAUGCGCCCUUUAGCAGACUCAUUACUUUCCGAGACUUCUAUGGUCAAUGUGGUGAGACCCUGCUGGAUAAGUAAACUUGAGCCUUUUAAUGGGAUGUGGCACUUGAGUGAGAAUGGAAAACCUUGUGGGCAGUUUGAUGCAAUUGUAAUUGCUCACAAUGGUAACUCUAUGCCUCCAUACUUCCUUGUUUCAUCUGUCUUGGUUUUUUCUUUGCAAUUAUAUCUGCCUUUCCAAAUCAGAUUUGCUUGUUAAUAUUAUAUUAUGAUUAUAUCAUAGUGGGAUAAGGAUUAUAUGCAUUCACCGGGUGGAGUGUGAAUGGCAUUACUACUAUUGUUGUUACUGUCAAGAUCUGUAUAGGGCAGACCUGGCAGAGAAACUCUAUAUAAUAGGUGACAAGCCCACUUUAUGACAUAUUCAAUGUUUGAAAUUAUUAAUUUGGAGGCAAAUCAAAGCAUACUCUAAGGUUAGGGACAAGCUGUUUUUUGUAGGCUUACAAAAGCCAGAUUUGAAAACUUAAUAUCCCAACUAUGUAUGGUAGGACGGUGUGGUUUUCCAGCUUUUGCAACUAACUUGCAGGUAAGAAGGAUGAAUAUAUGCUACGUACAAACUAUAAGCAUGUCUAGAGGUAGAAUUCCUAGACUAGAAAAUGUUUAAGAAUAAUGUGGUAGGCCUAGAAGGAUUUAUGCCUAGCCCAACUAUGUUAAUGCGCAUAUGAGUUAGUGUUAAGGAAACGAUGAUACUGCUAUGAAUGUGCAUAUGAUAAAUAUGUCUAGACUACUGAAUGUUAUGAGAAUUAGGUGAAUUGCCUGAAGGAUUGUCCUAGGCUAAGUUAUUAAUAUGCUUAUGAGUAUAUUCUUAAUAUGAGAA